AUGCCUGAUGUGGAAUAUCCUUCUGAACCCGACGACGCUUGGGAGAACAGUGGCAAAUAUGAGGGUGAUAUAAUCCUUGACGAUUCACAAAUACGAGAUAUUGUUGCUAUAGUCGGUGGUACUGCUAGAGCUGGAGAUAAAAACUUAGUGUCGCUAUGGCCUAAUAAAGAAGUUCUUUUUGUUAUUGAAGAGGAUCAUUUUAAUGAACAUCAAAUAAAAGCAAUCAAUUAUGCUAUGGAUGAGAUAAAACGUGUUUCUUGUUUAAAUUUUCGUGAAAUAGCAAAAGAUAGUACUGAAAAUGCGGUUGUUAUAGUAGUAUGUAUUAAAUUU